CUUCCAUUGAUUUAUGUUGCUAAUGUCACCUUUUCCGUCAAAUUAUUCUGACCCUUGGAAUUCUGAUUAUAAAUGAGUUCACCUCAUGGAUCUAAAAAAUGUCGUAAAUCUAUAUUACAACAAUCACAUAAUAUGUUUUUUGUGAGAAUAAAAAUGAAUUAUCCAAGAAAAAACAAAAAUGUUUGUCGAAAUUGACGGAAUUUUUGACGGACACAACUCCCAUCUUCUAAUACAUCCUUUAUUCAUCAGUGAUAAAAACACUUAUUUUUAUCUGCUAGAUCCCUAUCAAUGUAUAAUCUGUUUGAGUAGAUCAAAGUCUAAAAUCGUAUAACAACAUAACUUUGUGGACAGUAGGAACAAGUGAAAAAAAAAUGAAAGAAUGGGUUGCAGUGCAAGUGACAAAUGUUGUCUGUCAAAUAUGGUGACGUUUGCACCAGUAUGUGUUGGAGCCACAUCAUACCAUAAGAUCAAUUUAAAAACAUAUCUUCAAAACAAACUGUAACAAAACUAUUUAAUUCGCACUGAAAACAGAAAUUCUGGUCAAAGAAAACUAUAAAUAAUUGUCUCUAUUGUGUUGAGAACGUCAUUUCCGUCAAAUUGUUCCGGUGACGAUGUACACAUCCGACCGUCUUUGGUUUCAUUAUUCCGUGCGAUUUAAAGCUUUUCAACGACACAUAUUCUGAAUCGAUCGUGCGUUUGAAGAUUUCAACAUGGCAGCAUAGACGCUGGAAUUGUUGGUUGGAUGAAAGAUUGAUGGUAGAGAAUGGCAUCACGAUCUACAAUCUAUAGACAGAGACUGAAAGAUGAAAACCCCCAAAAGUACCAAGAGUACCUUGACAAACAAAAAGCAAAAUCCAAAGAAUAUAGAGAAAAGCUAAAUAAACAACUAGGAAAACGACAUCCAAAUCAAAAUGCUAUAAAUAAAAAAGAACAAAUGUUAGCACUGCAGAGGGAGAGACAAAAAAGGUACAGAGAAAAUCAGAAACAGAAUAGAAGUAGAACACCAUCAAAACUACAAGUAGUAUUCACACCAAAGACCACUUCUAGAAACAAGAAAGAGUAUAACAGAUUAAUGAAGGAAAAACAAAGAUCAAAUAUGACGUCACAGAAAAUUGCCUGGGUAAGAAAAAAAGACAGAGAACGGAAAGCUAAAAAAAGAGCUGAGAAAAGAAUGACACAAAGUAUACAACAAGAAUCUGCUUCUACUUCAAAUAGCUCAAACCCAUUUCCAUCCAAGAAAAGUGAGUGGAACAUCACUUCUAAUGUCAAAAAAAGUCUACCAAAGAGUCCCAACAAAUUUGCAAAAUUUAUACAUAAUAUCAUGAAGAAAGUAACACCUAGAAAAAGGAAAGCUCUAUCAGAAACUCUUGAUGUUAAACGUCGUAGGCUUUUCCUUGAGCACAAAAACAAAGAACAAUUACAAAAAAAGCCAGAGCUGAACACUGCCAAAUAUUUAAUAGAAGCCAGUAAAAAAUACCUCAACAAACCUGAACCUUUAUAUAAGCAAAGAACGUGCCGCUUUCUGAAUGGAAGAAGAAAGCGCAAAUUUGAUGAAAGUAAAAUCAAAGAUUUCUACAAACGAGGAGAUAUAUCAAGAGUUGUACCACAGAAGCGAUUUGCAACAAAAGAAGGCCCAGGUUAUUUAAUGCAAGUUUCUGUUACAGCAGCUUAUUCGAAAUUUAUAUCUGAGUAUGGAAGAAUCAUAGGGUUGUCAAAGUUUGCUCAGCUGCGACCUAGAAAUGUGCGAAAACUUUCAAAAAAUCACAGAGAGUAUUGUGUCUGUGUGUAUUGCAUAAAUGUAAGAUACAAAUUGCUGGCUUUGUCAAGAGCCGUUACAAAUGACCCGACCAAAAGGAAAUUAAAUGAACAGGAUGUAUUUGAUAUCGGACUUUGUCCAAAAGGAGACUCACAGCAAUUUUACAAUCCAGAAUGUAUCAAUGGUACUUGCAAGAAUUGUUCAGAGAAAUUGCACGAGAAAUUUGAAACUUUUUAUCAGGACAUACCAGAUGAUACUAGACUAUCUUGGAACAGAUGGGAAAAAGAUGAAACCAAAAGACGUGUAGUUGUUACUAAAAAGGGAACCAAAAAAGAGCUUUUGGCUGAGUUAGUAAGUGUAGAUUUGUUGAAACCAAUACAAGGCACUACAUUCUUUCAACACUUACAUAAUGCCAAAUGGCAGUUCAAACAAUAUGACAUUUUAAAAAGUAACUUACCAAAAGGUUACAUGAUACAAAUUAUGGAUUUUGCCAAAAACAGGGCCUUAAUAUACCAGGAUGAGAUUAAAAGUGCCUUUUAUACACAGCCCCAGGUAACGAUGCAUCCUUUUGUCACAUUUUACAGAAAUGCAGAAGGAAACACAGUUCGUGAAGCUUCCAUCAUUAUUUCAGAAGACAACAAUCAUGAUUACCAUGCUGUAAACCACUACAAGAACAUUGUUGAUAAACAUUUGGAAGACCAGGUUGCUGAAAAUAUUGAAAUGAAAGUCGAAUAUUCCGAUGGCUGCUCCUCACAAUAUAAAUCAAAAGGCCCCUUUGCAGACUUAGCAUUGAGACAAGAAAAUGUCAAUAGAAAUUAUUUUGGCUCAGAACAUGGCAAAGGAGAGUGUGAUGCCGAGAUAGGUGUUAUAAACAGAGCCAUUGACAGGGCCAUAAUUAGCAAACAGGUCAUAAUUAACAACAGUCAAGAUCUCUAUGAUUAUUUAUCAGCUAACAUGCAAUCCACAGAAGCAUUGAGCAAAAGAAGAUUCUUUCACGUGAAAGAAGGAGACAUUAAAAGAGAUCGUCCUGAAACUGAAGUGAAACCCAUUGAUAAGACAAGAAAAAUCCACCAAAUCAACAAAUCAGAAAAAGAAAGAUUGAAAUUAGAAGUAAGGAGUCUGAGCUGUUUUUGUAGUCCUUGUAGAGCUCAAAACUUUGCAUCAUGUAUUAACAAGAUGUAUGUUGAAAACUAUAAGCCAGUUACACUUGAAAGAAUAAAUACAAAGAGGAAUCCAAGAACAAGGAUAGAAAAGGAACCUAAGAGUGAGACAUCAGAAAGAAUAAAUACAAAGAGGAAUCCAAGAACAAAGAUAGAAAAUGAACCCAAGAGUGAGGUGAAUAAAAUACAUGUUACAAUAAAAAGUCAGAAACAAGUAGAUGAAUUAGAUGAUGACCAUGAACUGCAGUUAGAGGACCCUCAGGAAAUAAGAAAAUUGUAUUUCCAAAGGAAACUGGACCAGUUGCAGAACAUUACAUCUUAUGAGGAAGUAGAAAUUUUUGCUGCAGAAUGUCUUGAUUCACAAACCUAUUAUCAAUACUGGAAAAACAUUUGCAUUGACCCUAACAUAAAUGUGAUGACCCACAAGUUUGUGGCGGAUGCUGUGGCCAAUUAUCUGCCCAAAACUAUUCCUCAUGAGUUGACUUCUGCUUUGCCAGUUUUAAUCUUCGGUGAUGGAAAUUGCCUUCCCCGCAGCGCAAGUGUCCUCGCAUUUGGAAAUGAAACCAAUCAUGAAGAAAUAAGGGUCCACAUAAUAGUAGAACUAGUGAAAAAUAUAAGACAUUAUUUGAAUCCAAACUACCUGGGCAAAGGUGUAGAAGCCGAAGAUAGAGAGAAACAGAAUAUAUGCGUAACAUAUGCUAUGUUUUCAGAUUUGUUUACACCCGGAGAAAAAUUAACACCACUCUCAAUUGAAAGAAUCUACCAAAAAGAAAUUUUGCAAAUAUGCCAAAGGAACACAUUCAUGGGAAUAUGGCAAAUUUGUGCCUUAAGUACUGUGCUUAAAACAAGAAUAUAUUCGAUUUACCCCAAACUUGGAGCUAUGUUGUGUCAAAAAACACUUAAUCGAUAUAUAGAUCCAGUAGGGAUGACAAACCAGUCAACAAUUUCCUGUGGAAUUCUUUGGACAUCCAACAGACAUUUGACUGAAGACAAUUGGGUACCAAAUCACUUUGUGCCACUUAUACCAGUCACUGGCCCAAGUUUUGAGAUGGUGGACGAUGAUAUAACAAAUGAUGAAUCUCCCAUUGACUCUAUUUUGAAGUCUGAUUUAUUGCAAGACUAUGAUUUCGAGGAGCUUAGCAAUACUCUGAACAAUACUGGCAUUGAGGAUUCAACAGUACUGUACGGUGCUGACAUGAACUUUGUAAAUGCCUUUGAAAAUGAAACAUGCAUCAUUCCUGCUCCAGAAAUCCAGCAAAACACUAACGUUGAUUUGAAUGAAGUCCAGGAACUCAGUGAAUGUGCACAAGAAGUCACAGUGUCUGUUGAUGAACCAUGUAUUAACCAGGAUACUGGCAUUACUGCACCAAGUCAAUUAGAAAUAGAAUCUAGGUUACCAAGUGGCCAUGGAUUCAGUAUUUCAAACAUAAGUCUGGGCAAUUUUGGAUAUUGCAUGAGACAGACUAUAUCAUCAAACAAGAAGAAAUGCAAGGAAGGUUGUCUGCCCCAGACAUCUCAAUGGAUGGUCGAACAUUAUGUUUCUCUUUUGUCGAUUUCAAAGAUGGUCCUAAAGCUAUGAAAGACGAACAGGAUUAAUGACAAUUAGCUGCCUUCAUUUUAAUUGAAUUAAAUAACAUCUAUAGUUUAAUUUUGUUUUUCAUUAAUUUGUCUGAAGAUUAACACAGAAAUAAUUCCAAUCAUGUAAAAAUGCUGCAUUUUGAUUAGUCAAUCCCUGAAAACUGAAAAGUUUACACAUCGAUAAAUCCAUCUUGAUGACGUCACGUUACCAAAUUCAGACACCACCAAAAUAGUUCCUCUUUUAAGUAAUAAAUGCUAUUCUUGUGGAAUUUAUUGAUAUGUAAACUCAGCCUUUCACUCACAAACUUUAUUCAGUUUGUGAGUGAUUCGGCUUGGUUUACACAUCAAUAAAUUCCUUCAAAAUAACAUUUAUUACUAUAUAACAACAGUUCUUGACCACUAGCAAGGCACUUCUACAUUCUGAUUAAUUUAAAUAUAUGUUCUAAAUAAUCCAUAUUGGGAGUAGGGUCAAAGACGGGAUAAUUUUUUUGAAAUUAUUAUUCAUGUUGCUUUCUAAUUUUGGAUUAUUUCAGUCUAAGACACAAUAUGGAUGAUCUUAGAACAGAUUUUUCCGUCAGUGGGUGACAUUAGACACAAUAUGUUCUGUCAAUGGGUGACACUAGACACAAUAUGUUCCGUCAAUUGGUGACGUUAGACACCAUGUUUUCUGAAAUAAUAACAAUAAUUUACAUUAAAAAAAACCCACUUUGGUAACUUUUGAAAUUUUGAAGGUCAAUAUUAGUUCUCUAAAUCAAUUCUUCAUGGUUUCAUGUCAGGAAUAAAGCCAGAAAUCAUUUUUUACUGUUGCUAAUGUCACCAUUUCCGUCAAAUGUCUGUCAAGAAAAAAGUGACAUUAGCAACUUUUUAAAAAAUACAAAAAUAAUCUAAUCCUAGAUAUGCCGUGAUAAAAAAAGCAUUCCAAAUAGGAUAUUUUAUCAUAUUAAACAUCAUAAUACAGAAAAAGUAAGGAGAAACAAUGAUUUUAAAUUAUGAAUUAUAUGGGAAGUUUUCAUGUGUUCUUAUAUGGAA